CGAUCCAUCCGGUGAAUAUCAUUCAAUAUGGCGAAGCGCUGUAGUGGUUGUUGCCGAUUUUCAGUGGGGCGUUGAUAUCAAAGCGGAUAGAAUUGACAGGUUAAAUCUCGCAUCAGGUUGGUGAGAAAGCACACAAACCUGAUCUGGAAAACGUUAAUUUCGUAGGGUUUUCCGGGUGAUGUAUUUGCUUUCGCGCUAGACCGAAAGCCGGUGCAAUAUGGAAUUUGCUGACUUGAUAAAAACGCCAAAAUUAGACCGGGUUACACUACAUAGACCCUUGUGCAGCAGCAUUGAGGGAACGCUGUGUAUAACCAGCCACCACCUGAUUUUUUCAUCGCGCAAGGAUGGUGAUGAGGAGCUGUGGUUAUUGCACCGAAUGGUUGACUCCGUGGAUCGCCGUGUUGGAGCGCUGUCUGGUUCACUGUUCCUGAAAUGCAAGGACUUCAGAAUUUUACAACUGGAUAUAACUGGCGUAGAAGAAUGCAACAACGUUGCCAGCUCCAUCGAGUGUCUUUCAAGCUUAGAAAACAAGAAAUGGUACUAUCCAUUUUUUCAUCGGGCCCUCUUCGAUAUUAUGGAGGAUGGGUGGACCGCAUUCAGCAUAGAGAAUACCUUUGCCCGGAUCAAAUUGCUGACAGAUGACUGGAGAAUUUCCCUUGUGAACAAAGAUUUUGCUGUAUGCACGUCAUACCCGGAACGUCUGAUUGUGCCCAAGUCUAUAGAGGACAACGCCCUUGCGGGAGCGGCUGCAUUCAGAUAUCAAGGCCGAUUCCCUGUUCUGAGUUACUUCCACAGAAAAGGAAAAGCUGCCUUGUUGAGAAGCAGCCAACCUAUGGUGGGUACUUCUAUGCGCCGAAGCAAGGAAGAUGAGUCCCUUCUACAUGCAGUACUUGGCAGUGGCAAGAAAGGCUACAUCAUUGAUACGCGAACGCAAAAUUUUGCUCAAAUGGCUAGAACCAAAGGGGGUGGCUAUGAACCUGAAGUCCACUACCCCCUUUGGAGGCGGCUCCACAAGCCCAUCGAGCGAUAUUCUACUCUACUAGACUCUCUAUCUAAGCUUAUUGAAGCAUCAAGUGACACAGGCGUGAGCGUCGACAAGUGGUUGUCUCGUCUAGAGUCUUCGGGGUGGCUCAGCCACAUAAAGGAUGUCCUCACAUGUGCCUGCUUUGUUGCUCAGUGCUUGGACCAAGAUGAGGCGUCAGUGCUGGUGCAUGGUUCAGAAGGCGUAGACUCAACGCUGCAAGUAUGCUCUUUGGCGCAAGUGAUUCUCGACCCCGAUUGUAGAACCGUAAGAGGCUUUGAGGCUCUGAUAGAACAGGAAUGGAUUCAGGCUGGGCACCCGUUUGGCACCCGCUGCUUCCACGGAGCAUUCGCACCAGCGUCCAUGCGAACUCGUGACCAGAGUGCAUCUUUUCUCGUCUUCUUAGACUGUGUAUACCAAAUCCACCAACAGUUCUCCUGUUCCUUUGAAUUCAGUGAACAGUUUCUUAUCUUACUCUUUGAACAUUCCUAUGCGUCUUCUUUCGGAACAUUUGUUGCAGAUAACGAAAAGGAGAAAUGUGAGCUGAAACUGCCUCAGAAGUCAGUGUCCUUAUGGUCUUACGUUAACCGUCCUGAAGUACUACCGACACUUCUGAAUCCCAUGUACGACCCCAACAAUCAAGUGAUUUGGCCUUCAGUUGCACCGCAGAGCCUGGUCCUGUGGCCUAGGAUGUACCUGCGGUGGGUGUAUGACCAGACACCACAGCAGGAAGCCUGGGUGACCGUGUCAGAAAUUCGGGAACGAGAAAAGGAACUCAGGUCCAAAGUGAUAAGAUUACGAAGGCAACUUAUGGAAUUGGAAAGGGAAGCCGUGUCUCAAGGCCUGCUGCACGACUCCACUACUCUGCUAGAAUGACCUCUUCGAAGGGGCUCCCUGCCCCCCGUUUUGCAUUCAACUGAUCGUACUCGGCCGCGGAGCUCUUCUGCGAGUGUUCCCACGCACUUGAGGGACAUACUCCGCACGUUGUUCCAUCUCGGCCAUCUGCAUCAGAGCCCCGUUGCCCCCUCCUUUGACACUCUGAGAGAAUUGCAGGAGCCAGCUCUCAGGAAGGACGAGUAAAUGCCAUCGAGCGAGAUGAAAGUGUGGUGGAGAUGGCAUCGUUUUUGUUGUGACCCCCAUUCACUGUUUGGCCACCAUUACAAGGGGCACUCUGUCGCUUCCGUUUCAAUACAAAGCUGUAUUGCACUGACCCAUCCUGAUGACGAAACUAGCCCUGUAUUAUAACAACUGUGACUAUAUUAUUGACGUUGUGUACAUACCUUGUAAAUGGUAUUGUAAGUUAAUGUUUUAUAUUACUUUGUAAUGUUUUGGUACACUCGUUUUAGCCUUGCUCACACUUAUUUCCUUAUGUUUUGUGCUGUCGUUACCGCCUGAACUUUGGAGAUAAGUUUGAUCUACAUUGUUUUUGUGUCCUCUUGUGUAACAAGAUGUGAUGUUUUGAACCUGUAAAAUCAACGUACUUUUACCGCUCUUUACAUCAAUCGGUACCACUUUACGAAGUCAUGCCUUGGAAAUAACUGACGUUCAGUCAGUCACUGGUUCGUCACUCCAGAAGGUAGGAAAUCAAUAUAGGAAUGUGUUUUCGAUGAAAUAUGUGAUAUGUAUAUGACGAGUAGUAUAAAUUAGGUAAUGUGUAUAUGACUAUUGCUUUUACAAAAAUAUUUAUAUGCACGUAAGUAAACAAUAAACUACCAUGCUUCUUGUUCAUCACA